GAAUAAUGUGAGUGCGCUGGGAAAGGAAACCUUCUGCUCGCCGGGCUCGGGGCAAGUGCCCGCAGGCUGCCUUCCCCGGGCAGUGGCGCUCAACACAGCAGGCUCGAGGGCACUGAUCUGCGGUUUCCCUCCCAUUGGCUGUCCUGCGUGGGUGCCAAGUUCCACACGUGACUGAAUGGAUCAGAAGGAGAUGUCAGUGAAAAAAAGGGUCCAGAAUGAUUACUAACCUAUGACUCCCAACAGUAUGACAGAAAAUGGCCUUCCAGCCUGGGACAAACCGAAGCACUGUCCAGACCGAGAGCACAACUGGAAGCUAGUAGGGAUGUCUGAAGCCUGCCUGCACAGGAAGAGCCAUGCGGAGAGGCGCAGCACCUUGAAAAAUGAACAGUCAUCACCACAUCUCAUCCAGGCCACUUGGACUAGCUCGAUAUUCCAUCUGGACCAUGAUGAUGUGAAUGAUCAGAGCACCCAAAGUGCCCAGACCUUCCAAACAGAAGAGAAGAAAUGUAAAGGUUACAUCCCCAGUUACUUAGACAAGGACGAGCUAUGUGUAGUGUGUGGUGACAAAGCUACAGGGUAUCACUACCGCUGCAUCACGUGUGAAGGCUGCAAGGGUUUCUUCAGAAGAACCAUUCAGAAAAAUCUCCAUCCAUCUUAUUCCUGUAAAUAUGAAGGAAAAUGUGUCAUAGACAAAGUCACACGAAAUCAGUGCCAGGAAUGUCGCUUUAAAAAAUGCAUCUAUGUUGGCAUGGCAACAGAUUUGGUUCUGGAUGACAGCAAGCGGCUGGCAAAGAGGAAGCUCAUUGAGGAGAACCGAGAGAAGAGACGGCGGGAAGAGCUGCAGAAAUCCAUCGGGCACAAACCAGAGCCCACAGAUGAGGAGUGGGAGCUCAUCAAAACUGUCACAGAAGCCCAUGUGGCCACCAAUGCCCAGGGCAGCCACUGGAAGCAGAAGCGGAAAUUCCUGCCAGAAGACAUUGGACAAGCACCAAUAGUAAAUGCCCCAGAAGGUGGAAAGGUCGACUUGGAAGCCUUCAGCCAUUUCACAAAAAUCAUCACACCAGCAAUUACUAGAGUGGUGGAUUUUGCCAAAAAGUUGCCUAUGUUUUGUGAGCUGCCAUGUGAAGACCAGAUAAUCCUCCUCAAAGGCUGCUGCAUGGAGAUCAUGUCCCUUCGUGCCGCUGUGCGCUAUGACCCAGAAAGUGAGACUUUAACCCUGAAUGGGGAAAUGGCAGUGACACGGGGCCAGCUGAAAAACGGGGGUCUUGGAGUCGUGUCGGAUGCCAUCUUUGACCUGGGCAUGUCUCUGUCUUCUUUCAACCUUGAUGACACUGAAGUAGCUCUCCUUCAGGCCGUCCUGCUGAUGUCCUCAGACCGCCCAGGGCUUGCCUGUGUUGAGAGAAUAGAGAAAUACCAAGAUAGUUUCCUGCUGGCCUUUGAACACUAUAUCAAUUACCGAAAACAUCAUGUGACACACUUUUGGCCAAAACUCCUGAUGAAGGUGACAGACCUGAGGAUGAUUGGAGCCUGUCAUGCCAGCCGCUUCCUGCACAUGAAGGUGGAAUGCCCCACAGAACUCUUCCCCCCGUUGUUCUUGGAAGUGUUUGAAGAUUAGAUGGACUCAAUUCAUUCCCAUAAUUCUUAUAGCACUGUUGGGUGUCAUUUCAUUCCAUUGCCUAGCUCUCUCUUUUGUUUGUUUGUUCUUUCAUUUCUUUGUGUUGGGAGGGAUUGUUUGGGGGUACAAGGAGGUAGUCCUUGGCAUAGACAUGGAUGAAACCGCCCCUUGAAUUCGGGUAUUUGUAACUAUUGUAUUUUGUUCUCCCGUCCUUUGAUGUGAAUACUUUGAAGGUUUUACAGUGGUGGAGGUGGGGUGGGGACAAUCAUUAAUUCACCAGCACCAAGUCAUCACCAGCUCCCAUCUGUCCCGGGUCAGAGACUCAAGCAAGCAAAACGGCACAGCAAAAGACUAAAGAAGCCUUAAUACUGAGAUAAUAUAGUCAUCUUGACCCAAUCCCGAGUUUUGCAGAGCUAAAUGUGGCUCUCAGCUUUCUAGGGAAAGGUCUGAAUGAAUUUCUAUUUACCCAUUCAAACGCAUGCUGUUUUCACACUCUUCAUUCUCUCCCAAGAGCAUAACUUGGAAUGUACAGAAAUAUUUAUUCCUGAAAAAGAAGAUCCCUUUCACUGUAAUUUUUAUAACCCUAGGAUUGAAUUCAAGUUAUAAAAGGAUGUGACUCAAGGAUAGGCAGGUAUUUGAGUGAGGCCAAGAAGGAAAGCCAUUUUCUUCUGCAAGCCCAAAGAAAUUAGAAAUCUUCACCAAUAUCAGUGACGCAACAGUUUCCCAAAAUUCAUAUGGUAUUACCUCAUCAUAGAACGUCUUCUUCAUAAUUUUGACUCAGAAAAUUUCCACAGGAAUGAAGCCCACUAUCACUUUUCAGCGACAUCCAAUCCAUUACCUCCCAAAUUUCUGAAGUUAUGUGGUCCUGAUGACAUCUUUGCUGAGCUGACAACAGAGUUCUUUGUGGUCCAAAUCUCCUGAUAAAGAAGGCAAAAUCUGGGCCUUAUUCUGGCAGUAGCAUUCUGAGCUGAAGGAAAUGCAGUGUUCCUAAAGUCCCCUUCACAGAUGGAUGUUUGAGACUGCUUCCUUCUCAUCGUAGGUCCUCAAGCUCUUUGCUCUCCUGGAAAACGUUUCCUCAUCCCCUUAUCCCAUGGACUCUGAGGCUUGACUCUUGCUGAGCUAAGUCUGGUCAUGGACCCUAUCUCUUCUUCUUAUAGCUUUUCCCUGACAGGUACCCAACAGAAGACACUGGCAGACCAUGAACACUACCCGUCCCUCUCCUUGCAUACCCUGCCUCUCCAUGACAAAUGCUGGAGUCACUUGUGCCCAGGAAAAAAAAUGGUAAUGCCUCAUCGCUUCAGCGUCAGAAAAUGGGCAAAGGAUGCACCCAUGCAAUUGAAUGUAUCUUGUCCUUCACUGGCAUAGUAGACAUGAGCUAUCCUAUUGCCUGCCUUUUACUGCCUUAUCCUGGAAAUAUUGGGGGAAAAUAAGCCAUAUCAAUGGGAUUGACCUGAAAGCAAAUGAAUGAAAUUCACUGUAUAAACCAAGUAAACUAAUUUUUUUUUUUUUUAAGUUUGGUGGAGCCAAAUGGACCCAGCCAUUAGGGUACCUGAAUUUUAGUUGGUGCUCUGUCAAGUGAUAGAUUUAUGACCUUGGAUCUUGGUUUUCUCAUCUAGUGAAUAAGUAAUGAAAUCUGAAACCCAUCUGACCUUUAAUAUUGUAUGAAUUUUAUGGGAAAGAAUCUGAUUAUUUUGACAAUGUUUCAUAUUCAAAUUUCUAGCUGUAUUAGAAAACAAUUAUGGUCCUCUUAGUAGGCAAAGAAAGACUGUUUGGUUCGCAAUAAGAAUCUAGUCAGCUAUUUAGAGGAAGACAGGAUGGCCUUGGAAGAAGGAAAGGAACAGCUUUGAGAACCUCAAGCAUAACAGAAAAUAACCUAUGAGUAAAAUCACAUGUUUGAUGCUCUGAAAUAACUGCACUGGCUUCUGGGGAGAAGGAAACAACAUCAUCACUGUGGAACUUGCCAGCCAGAGAAAAGAAGUAGGUAAAGAGAGGAAAAUUAUAAGCAUGAAGUUCAUGAAACUAUUACCUGCUUUCACUUUAUCUGCAAACAGAUUUCAUUUUUCUUUUUGUUUGUUUUCUGAACAUUCUCUCUGCUACUCCUUGUUUUGUUAACAACUUGGCUCCCUCUGCUGAGUCUCCUUAGAAAAUUUCUCUGAGACAAAGAGCUUAAUUACCACCAGUGCUCCAGAGUAACUCUGAGAAGCUUUGUGGUGUGGGGUAAAUUUUCCUCAGAAUAGAAUAAGAGGAAGGCAAUGGGUAGAG